AUGAUAUUUUUACAGGUGAAAAGUGCCAUAAAAGAGCGUUGGAAAGGCAAUAAUGUGCGGGUGUCGGUGUUCGGCAGUCUACGAACUCGACUGUUCUUACCGACGUCAGAUAUCGACGUAUUGGUCGAGUGUGAUGAGUGGAAGGACUCGAGUGUUAUGGCUCGUUGUAUGCAGGAAACGGCGAACCAUUUGGAAGAAGUCGGUUUGGCGAAGUCAGUAGCGGUGUUCUCGGACGCGUUUGUGCCGAUUGUGAAAAUGGUGGAAAAAGACACACUGGUGAACGUUGACAUUUCGUUCAACACUGCACAAGGUGUGAAGGCCGCUGAUUACAUAGAAAAGGUGAAGGAAGAGUUUCCUGUGGUGGAGCCGUUAAUACUAGUACUGAAGCAGUUCUUAAUUUUACGGCGACUGAACACCACCUACACAGGAGGCUUGUCAUCGUACGGUCUAAUCCUAAUGCUGAUCAAUUUUCUUCAUGUGAGUCUUGAGUUUUUAGCGGUUUUUUGUCAGUGUGCUUUUUUUUAUGAAUUUCCGGAUCUCACCCUUCUUUCUUGCUUCGAUUCGGGAGACUUUUUAUGCCGUUUCGUUACAGCUUGGAAUGUUACACAGUUG